AAUCGAGUUGUCAGUUUCUAUCGAUUGUUGUCAAAAGCCGCUUAUAGAAAACCUUAACACUCCAUCCCUAAAAGCCUUAACAGCCAAGUAGGUAACAAACAAGCACAAAUACCAAGUCAUCGUGGCUCAUUGGAAAUCGCCUCGCUUUUAAACUAAAAAGUUCUCUUGCUUUUCAAUAAUAAAAUGGCUUUGGAAGCUUUAGUCGGAAUAAAAGAAGAUCUUUUUAAAACGGACAGGUACAAAGUGGACAGUGACAGCUAUGAUGUAGGCAAUUUCAAAGAUUGCCUGAACCUGGAGCUCGCACCUAUGGCAUACCCUGAUUCUGCCAUUGCCGAGUUUACUCAGGAUGAAGCUGGCAGGCCGAUUAAAAUUCAAAUUGACCAUGGUACAACCACUCUCGGAUUUGUCUAUAAAAACGGCGUAAUCCUGGCCGUCGAUUCGAGAGCGACUGGCGGAAAAUACAUCGGUUCCCAGGGGAUGAAGAAAAUCGUCGAGAUAAACCAAUUCCUCCUGGGCACAAUGGCCGGUGGUGCUGCAGACUGCGUUUACUGGGACAGGGUCUUGGCGAAACAGUGCAGGAUGUAUGAAUUGCGUAACAAGGAAAGAAUUUCGACAGCAGCCGCUUCAAAAAUCAUGUCAAAUAUGGCAUACAGUUAUAAAGGAAUGGGCCUGUCAAUGGGCAUGAUGAUCGCUGGUUGGGACAAAAGGGGACCUUCUUUAUAUUACGUUGAUUCUGAAAGCACACGUACGCAGGGAAAUGUUUUCUCUGUUGGCUCUGGUUCAGUUUAUGCUUUUGGCGUGUUGGAUGCUGGUUACAAUUUUAAUUUGACAGAUGAAGACGCUUAUGAAUUAGGGCGUAGAGCCAUUUAUCAGGCUACAUUCAGAGAUUCCUACUCUGGGGGUCUCAUUAGAGUUUAUCAUAUGAAAAAUACUGGAUGGGAAUGUAUAUCAGUACAAGAUUGUAAGGACCUUCACUACAAAUACUAUCCUACUGAAUAAACACGUCGUUUGCAUUUUUUGCAUUAAAAAUAAUUCUUUUUUUCAAUGUAUCGUCAAUAAAUAUAAUUUACAUUUAA